AUGACGCAGCCAUAUAAUAAGAAUGACAACAAACAGUGCGAUAAUCGCCUGCGCAAAUACUUUCGCCGCGAAGCGAUCUAUGAGAAUCUAUGUCGCGGCUGCGGCUACGGCGUCUUUGCAGCCCAAGGUCGCUACUGUCACUUCUGCCAGUGCAUUGUUAGCGGCAGCGUCGUGGCAGCGCUGCAACAGCAACAGCAGCAGCCGGCAACGCCAACGUCAGCAACGCUGAGCGGCAGCAGCGACUGCAACAUUUAUGAAAAUAUUUGCGAGCUUUGUCGCGGCAUUUACAGCGACAGCGAACAAUGCGAAUGUGCGUCAAGUGGCACGCCCACAACAGCCAAAAACACGCCCCAAUUGCAGGCGACGCCAACGCCAACGUUGACGUCUACGCCGACACAGACACCGACAACGACGUCGACGUCGACGCCAAUGCAACCUGCUGCCAAAGCUGGCAAGUCGCGUACUUUGCUCAAUUAUUCCAAGUGCAGCGCAGCGACGCUAACGCGUCUCUUCGGUUCGCUGAAGCAGCUGAAUCGCUCCAGUUCGCUGCAGCGUCGUUUGUUCCAGCGGGAUGGCAGCGGCAGUGGCAGCGGUAGCAAGGGAGGUGGCGGCUCACUGGAAAUCAUACACAAUGUGGACGAAGUUUUUCGCACUCAAGAGACUUUUGAUAUGCAGCGAAUUUGUGAGCUCAAACAUCAAUUGCAGUGCAGUCGCAGCGAUCAGCAUAUUUAUGGCAGACUGCGAGCGGAACGGGAACCGGAACCGGAGUCGAAAGCGCAAGUGCCAGCACAAGUGUCGGAACCCGUAGCGGAACCAGUGCCGGAAUCAGCUAAACAGCCGGAAAAGGAGACUCGCAAAAAGCCGCGCAUCUCGGCCAUGCGUCUGCUGCGUCACGGCGAGCAGCAGCCGAGCAGCGAGACGUCAGCGUCGACGUCGGCGUCAGCAGCAGCGUCGCUCUAUUUAAAUGAAAGCAUUUGUCAAUGGAUGAGCGCGCUGCGACGCGAGCUGCACUGCUACGAGGAUGCGAACGGAGGCGUCGCUUGUCAGCAGCCAAAGAGCGUGCCGCCGGCCUACGAGAGAGAGCGGGAGCGUGAGCGUGAGAGGGAGCGGGAACAAGAGCGUGAAUCGGAGUUAGUAAUGCUGCGUCGCAGCGAGUUACCAACAAAAACAACAACAGCAUCGCAGCCAGCGUCGCAGUCAGCGACAACGCUGCAGCAGUGCUUAGUGAAUGAUUUCAAGCGUAAGCUGCUGGCCAAAAACGAGCAGCAGCGUCUGCGUCAGCGUCAGCGUCAAUGCCAGCAAUUGGAAAUCCAAUUAGAUGAGCAAUUGGAGCCACAAUGGGAAGCGCAGCUGAGCGAUCAGCGUCGACGUCGCUGCGGCAUCAAUGAACGGCACGAUGCAGCAUUUGUCACUGAAUUUCUCAGCGGACUUGCUGAAGCUGAAGAAUUUAAAGUUGAAUUAAAAGUGACAACAGUGCAGUCGACGUCGCUGCUCGCUUGCCAUGUUUCGCUUGAGCAGUUGUGGGAGAGCGCUGCCAUCGCUGCCAGUCUGCACGGCAGCGUCGUUUGCUUCUUUGGCUAUGACAAAUUGCUGAGCGCCUUUUUGCAUGACAGCCAGCGUCGACAGCGACAGCGACUGCGCAGCGGCGAUAAAUUUAACAUUGAGCGCUGGCUGCGUCGCUAUCGGCGGCUCUGUGAGAGCAGCGCUAAGUGUGAGUCAGCGGCGUCGCAGCAGCGACGAUUGGGGCCGCCGUCAUUGGAGCUGGCAGUUGUGCCAGCGACGCCAGCGAGUGACGACGUUGCGGUCGCAUCGCGAGUCGGCAGCGAUAACGAGACGCGAGCAUUUUCCGAGAGUGAGAGCGCGAGUGAGAGCGAAACAAAGACACGAUCAAAGUGCGGUGGCAGCACGAACAACAGUAGCAGCAGCGACAGCGACAGCAGCGUCGAAGUCGAAGUCGACAGCGCUGCGAUGGCGGCACCAAAACAAAGCAGCGACGCUGAGCGCUGCAGCUGCGACGACAGUGAAAACAAUAACAAUAACAACAACAACAACAAUAAUAAUAAUAAUAAUAAUGAAAAUAAUAACAACAACAAUGAGAGGGACAAUGACAACCAGCAACAAACACAACAACAACGACAACAACAACAAACAACGCAGAAUUGUGUGAUAAAAGUUCGUCGGCCGGCGCCUCAGGUGCCGGUUCGUAAUCCCAACACGGCUCUGAGUAAACCCCGAAAUGAGAAUGCCAACAACAGCAAUGAGAUGAAGAAUGAUAUUGGGAAUGUGAAUGCGAAAGACGUGGAAGAGGUGGACGAAAAAGAGGAAGCGGAGGAGGAAGAGGAGGAGGAGGAGUCGAUUUAUCAGACCAUAUGGCAAUAUAAAACAUUGGAGCCAGUUCCACACAACGAUGAUGAAGAUUUUGAGAUCAUCACAGCUGCCGAAUCCGUUAGCGAUGAUGACGCAGAUGUUGAAGCCGACGUCGACGUCGACUACGACGUCGAUGUGGAUGAUGCUGCGGCUGAGGCGCUGACUCUACAGGCGGCAGCAGCAUUUGCAGCCGGGGCACGUCACAAGCUGACUAAGCAGGCGACAACGACAGCGACAGCGACGCCAGCGACGACGCCAGCAACAGCGACAGAGAUGGCGACGCCAACAACGUCGCCGCUGCCGUCGCCAACGGCGUCAAUGGAUCACGGCGCCUGGGAGACGGAUGAUGAAUUCAUGUUCGAAAAGGCUGGCAAUCAGCGGCAGCUGGAGCAAGGGAAGAGUGAGCGCGAGCGUGAGAGAGAGCGAGAGCAAGAGCGAGACAGGGAGAGGGAGAGAGAACGCGCUGAGACGCUUAGCGUGGGCAGCACAGUCACCAACAGCACGGCGACGUUGGGCUCCAUUAGCAGCGCCGGCGGCAGCAGCAUCGACAGCGGCAGCGGCAGCGGCAGCGGUAGAGCGCAGAAUGCGGCAAGUGCAACGCUGCUGACGCAUCCAAUGCUACGCAACAUUUGCAUCUUCUACAGCCUCAAGGAGCCGCAAAAAUACAGCGCCAUCUUCUAUGACUAUCAACGCUCUCAGAUUCAUCAGCGUUUCAUGACGCGCAUUCGACGACCAGCGCCGCCACCGCCGACGUCAGCGUCAGCGUCAACGUCAGCGUCUAUAUCGAAGCCAGCAGCAACGUCAGCAACUUCUGUUAUAAUCUCGGCUAGCAACGAUGACAGCGGCUGUAGCUGUGAAGCGGAUAACGAUGACAUUCCGGAAUCGAUUCCCCGUCCGCUUAAAGAGGAUUGGGCAUUGGCCGUGCUGGCUGCGGCAGCGAACAACAAACGCGGCGUCGCUGCUCGCGCCGGCCGCAAGCUGCGCGUUCGUUCCAGCGGUCGACUUUUGAUUCCCACCUCGGUGCUGGCCUGGCGUGAGCAGCUCCAAGAUGUCAACUGUUGUGAGGAUGAGGAAGACAUGAUUGUGCCAGUGACUGAUAUUCUGCGUGCCCAGCAAAUCGAAGAAGACAACGAGGUGCAACAGACGCAACAAACAACGAUAUUGCAACGAUUUAAGAGCGCCUCCAUUGGCAAUCUUGUCGAUUUGCCCGGCGAGGAUGACAAGAAGUCGAUUAAGAAUCGAAUGCGCAUGAAGUUUACAGUUAACGGCAAUGUAUUUCGACUCAAUCGAUCGCCAAAGAGCGAGAAGAAAUCGCGACGUCGCAGUCAGGUGAAUAGCCUCUGUUUGGAUGAGCAAUCAAAGUAUCCGCUGUUUGGAGCACGUCUGAGUGCCUUGGAGCUGAACAUGUCCGACCAUCCGUAUGUGCCACGUUUUGUGGUCGAUGUCUGUGCUCACAUCGAGCGUCCCGAUUGCAUCGAUCAGGAUGGUCUCUAUCGUGCCUCGGGCAACAAAUUGCUGGUUGAUGAGUUGAAACUGAAGCUCUCACAUCUCUAUGAUCCUCGCUGGCUUCAGACUGAUGACAUCAAUACGCUAACCAGCCUCCAUAAGCAAUUCUUUCGCGAGCUCCCCGCCCCGCUCAUCACCCAGGAGGCCUACGAGCGUUUAGGUCGCCUCUCCGACGACGCUGCCAUCGAACGGAUGCGUUUGGCCUUCGAUGACAUGCCCGAACCGAAUCGAUCGACGCUGCGUUUCCUCAUCAAACAUUUAACCAAUGUUGCAGCGUUUAGUGCCUCGAAUCGAAUGCCUGCCUCGAAUCUGGCCAUUGUUUGGGGUCCUUGCCUUUUAGCGGCAAAUGAGAUCAGUUUUGAUAUUGGCCGUAUGAAUAUGUUGGCCAAGGUGCUAAUUGAGAACUAUGAGCGCAUCUUUCGUCCCGAAAAUGAGCGUCUCGUGUGCUAAACAACAACCACAUUAACAACAAACAUAACAUUAAUUAUUCCAAUCAAACAUCACACAAAUUCUUUGUCAUGAACUGGGAGAGCAUCGCAUUGGAGAUCGCUGCUAUUUAUUAAUAACUAACAAUUUAUUUAACAUUUUCAACAACAAUUUUUUUUUUCGUCGACUUUUUUAAUGUUUUAUUUAUUGUGUAACAAUAUUUCUUGUAGUCGAAUUGAGCAACAAAUGCAAAACUGAUUACCAAAAAGACAGUAGACCAAGUUAAUGUAACGAUGAGCGCAAUGUUAAUGUCAGUACAGUAAGCACUGACUACAAAUAACAUACAGCAUAUAUUCACAUAAACUGUAUAUGCUUAGAUAUACGUACAUAUAUUUAUUAGAUAUAUACCUACAUAUAAAUGUAUAUGUUUUUUUUUAUUGGUUCCACAAAAUGACCAAUUAUUAUACCAUACUCUAGGCAUUAUCUAUGUUAUGAUGUUCAAAUGCGAUAUAUCAAAAUAUAUAUCAUACCUGUCAUGUGAUAAGAUUUUGCCGCCGUAGUGUUUGUUUUUUUUUUUUAAAUUUUUUUUUUAUGUAAUAAUUAGAUAUGUAGAAGUAUCUUAUACUAUAUUAUAAAAAGCUACAGUUCAGCUUGAUGAACAAUGAAGAAAGAGAGAGCAUUGAGAGCAGCAGCAAAUGCCAAAUUAACAUCAAUAACAAGAACAACCUGAGGGAAAAGAAUAACAUAUAUGUUUAAUAUGUUUGCUAUCUCAAUAAAUCUUACAAGUAUUUUCCAAAUGAA